UGGGCCGUGGGAUGUCAGCCACGGGCACCUUCUGUGGCCCCACGCGAGGGCUCCGAGCGGUUCACGGAGCUGCCGCAGCGGGCCGGGCUGCGCUGAUUACAGUGUGAACGGACUGUCUCGGGAGGUGGUGGAGUCACCGUCCCUGGAGGUCUUUAAGUAAAGACUGGAUUUUGUAGAGGUGGUGAUCGGUCACAGGUUGGGCUCGAUGAUCUCAGAUAUUUUCCGACCUAAUUGAUUCUGUCGCUGUGCUGCCUGCAGGCUCUCUUCUCCGGAAGAGCCAGUGUUGCAGGGUGUUUGGAUGGAAUGGUGUUGGGUUGUGGUGAAGCAGCCCUGGCAAUUCUAUGCUUUUCUAGGACUGUGUUUGUAAGUGUCUGUGUUGAAAGGAAAUGGUUCUUCUGAGGAAAUAAACUUCGUGUGGGGAGAGGGUGGGCAUCUGCUUUCCUAGCUUAUGAGCUUGGAGAGGACUACGGGUGUGAUUGUCACUUCUCACUCAGCGGCGCUGCUCAGGCCUGCUCUCUUCCAGCAGCCAGCGGAGCAGAGAGAGCUUCCAAAGGUAACCUGCCAGCUCCAAAUCCUUACCUUGCUCCUAAAAUAAGCCUUUCCAGUGUGACGUGAUGGCUUGGUUGCAAAAUGCGUUAGUCGCUCUCCUGGGGAGCCCUGCAGUUUGUGUUCGUUAUCCCAGAGCAGAGCCCAGCCUGGUGCCCCCGCUCUGCAGAUCCGUGUUCAGUGGCACCCCUUGGAGCUGGCUGGGAUCUCAGCUGGCACAUCCUGAUAGAGCAGCUUGUGUGUGGAUCCACUCGCUCCUGCGAUGCUGCGGCUGUUCAAAGCCUGUCUCCCAGAGAGAUCUGAGCUCUGCAAAAGCUCUGCCCUGCCUCUUCCAGUGGUUUGACACUGCACCAAGCCGGACAUGCCCACAGUGCAGAAACCAGGUCAGCAGAAAGCACAUCAUCAAUAAGCUGUUUUUUGAUGUUACCCUGGAGGAGCAAGCAGCACCAGAUGCUGAGAGCUUGCAGAAUGAACUGGACAAGGUGAAGGCCCAGCUCUCCUUGAAAGAGAAAGAAAAGCGGGAAUGCCAGACUGUUGUGGACAGACUGAGGGACACUCUGGAUGUGCGCAAUGCCACGAUAGAGUCGCUCCAGAAGAUGCUGGGAGAGACAGAGAUGCUGUGCUCUUCUCUCAAGAAGCAGAUGAAAUUCCUUGAGCAGCAGCAGGAGGAUAACAGAAGUUCAAAGGAGGAGGCACGCCGGCUGCGAAACAAGCUGAGAUCAAUGGAGCGGAUUGAGCUGUUGCUUCAGAGCCAGCGCUCGGAAGUGGAGGAGAUGAUCAAAGAGAUGGGAGUUGGGCAGGCAGCAGUGGAGCAGCUUGCAAUCUACUGUGUCUCUCUCAAAAAGGAAUAUGAGAACUUGAAGGAGGCUCGGAAGAUAUCUGGUGAGAUGACAGAAAAACUGAAGAAGGAGCUGUUUUCUGUGAAUAAUAAGCUGCAGAAAACUACUUCAGAGUUGGAGAAGACAAAGGAGGAGUUAAAAAGCACACAGAAAGAUCUGAAGAAUGCAGACAAGGAGAUCUUGAGUUUGAAGAAGAAGAUAGACAUCCUGCAGGAUACUCUGAAGGUCCCAUCUGUAGCCAGAGAAACGCUCAGUCGACUAGUCUUUGAAAGCCCUGCUCCUGUGGAACUGCAUCCAAAGCUCCACCGCCCGGAACACAGCGAUGAGAUCAAUCUAGAUGCCACUUACAAUGUGGACACCCCUGAACACCAGCCCUGCGCAGCUCCCUUUGGCCCUGCAAAAAGGAAAAAGCUGGAUAAAAAGCCGCCUCCUGUGGUAAAUCUGGCGAAGAAAAUUCUGAAGGAAACUGUGGAGAACAGGGCAGAUGAUCUGGAGGAUGAUGCUCUUGAAGGGCUCUUGCCAGCAUUCAUCAGGAACUCUGUUUUCUCCAAGAAGUCACCUUCAGGUGGUUUGCUGUGUUCUCACAAGAACAUGGGCUCUGUGAGGAUGGGCUACGAUGGCAUGGGAGGCAGGACAAAGUUCAUAGAGCCGACAAACAUGGCAGAAAUCCGUCCAUUAUCAGUUAGGAGCAAGAAGAAGGUCUCCAGACCAGCAUCUGCAGCUACUCCUGCAUCUUCUUCCAGCAGCAGCCAGGCCAGAAUGGACACUUUUCUGCUGUGAGAGCCCCUGACUUCCUGGGAGAGGCUUGGAGGAGGCUGCAGGGCAGAGCAUGCUUGCUCAGAGCCUGUCAUGAGGCAAUGUGAGCUACCACUGCCUGGAGUACUGUUUACAAAGCACUGAUGCUGGCUUGUGGGUGAGAUGAUCUGCCCUGUGGAGAAUCCUGCCCUUGAAGGAAGCUUUUGGAGGCCAAGCCUCUGGAUAAUGCCUGGACUGAGUUGCCCUCCUCAUUUUACCGUUCCUUUCUCCUUUUUUUUAAUGCAGAAUUAAAAGGGUUUUCUUGCCUUCUGGCCUCCUAAGAACUCUGCAGUUGCUGCUGCUUUGGGCUCUCUGGCACCAGGUGGAACUGCACUUCUUGGAUACAGCCACAAGCAGGAGGUGCAGGAAGGGUGUCUGGGAUGUCAGUCUGGAGAGCAGCAGGGAGAAGGGACCUGGACCAGCUCCAUGCCUGGUGUAAAUAGUUCCAACAAAGUUUAGUGGAGGAAGGAGUGUGUAGAGCAACCUGUGUGGCUGUCGAGUGUCUGUGUAUUCAUUAUGAAAUUAAACACCUUCCCUCAACCACAGGCCUGUUGGGACUGGGGAGAUCCACAGGUGGCCCUGUUUUGGGCCAUGAAGUCCAGAGUGGUCUUGCAGGCUUGGCACUGAACCUGCUGACUUGGAAGGGAAGUACUGGGAUGACCUCUGUGCUUGGCAUGUGUUGGUGUGAAGCUUGUUUAUUAAUUUCUAUUUUGUAAUAAGAAUGUAGAAUAUUUUUAUUAUUUUUGUAACUAUUCUGCCUUGUGAUCAGAGGGUUUGGAUUGGUCUGGAGAAGUGCUGAAGAAUGGCUCCCUUCAGGGGAGGGGGAGACUGGUGGGGCUGAACCUGUCUGGGUUCUUCAGCUUGGUGCUGUGGAACAGGAGAUCCUGUUCCAGUAGGGCUGUCCGAGCUGCAAGGAACAGAUGUGGUGAGGCACCUAAUAAAGCACUCUACUGUACAAAUCUAACCUUCCCUAUUUCCAGCUGCUUGAGGCUGAAAUCUGUACUACUUGAACUGGCUAAAAACAUGUUUUUAGAGAAUAAAAUGUAUUACUGUG